AUGCCAGUCGCCGCCGCUCGCCCGAAGCCUCCCGAGACAGCCCACCCUCCACCGCACACUUUGUACAGCCUGUCUGGCGAGCAGGACGAGUGCCAACAAACCCAGAACCACGGUCGCGCAAUGUUUUCCGGCGCCGCAAUACGCGAGCUAUGCUGGACAGAGAAGGGCAGCGUCAGCGUGACGAGAGAUGACUUUGGUCCGAUCCAGGAGUACGAUCGGCGGGUGGACAACGGCAUCUUGCGAAACGACGAACACCAGAGAGGCAUCAUUCAGAGCCUUCAACACCUUCACGACGAGCUCGUCAACUACCAAGCGCCAGCAGUCGUGCACCCGACUCUCGAUUCCCUGAAGCCUGCGAAAUCAGUGUUUGGAUCCUGGUUCGGCGGAGGCAAAGCGCAAGCCGCGAUUGGCGCCAUUCCGGCGAAUCUGCCCCGCGGGCUCUAUCUGUUUGGCGAUGUCGGCAGUGGCAAGACGAUGCUUAUGGACUUGUUCUAUGACACCCUGCCAAGCUCCGUCAAGUCCAAGACGAGAAUCCACUUCCACAACUUCAUGCAAGACGUCCACAAGCGCCUUCAUAAGAUGAAGAUGCUGCACGGUAACGAUGUCGACGCUGUGCCUUUUGUCGCUGCCGACAUCGCAGAGAAGGGCAAUGUCCUCUGCUUCGACGAGUUCCAGUGUACAGAUGUAGCAGAUGCUAUGAUUCUUAGGAGAUUGCUCGAAUCACUCAUGUCGCAUGGCGUUGUACUGGUAACCACAUCGAACCGACACCCCGACGAACUAUACAAGAACGGCAUCCAGCGCGAAUCUUUCGUUCCGGCAAUCAAGUUGCUCAAGAACCGGCUCCACGUCAUCAACCUAGAUUCUCCGACAGACUAUCGCAAAAUCCCAAGACCCCCUUCUGGCGUCUACCACACGCCGCUGGACGCACACGCAAGCUCCCACGCCGAGAAAUGGUUCCGCUUCCUCGGCGAUCCCGAUUCCCCCGAGCCUCACCCGGAGGUUCAGAAGGUUUGGGGCCGCGAGAUCCACGUGCCGCGCGUGAGCGGCCGCUGCGCCUGGUUCACCUUUGACGAGCUCAUCGGCAAGCCUACGUCCGCCGCCGACUACCUUGAGCUGGUGCGCUGCUACGAUGCAUUCAUCGUGACCGAAAUCCCGGGUAUGACUUACCGCCAGCGAGAUCUGGCACGUCGUUUCAUCACCUUUAUCGAUGCUGUGUACGAGUCGCAUGCCAAGCUUGUUCUUACGACGGAGAAGCCUUUGACGGAGCUCUUCGUGUCUCGCGCGGAAUUGGAAGAGUCGCUAGGCAAGCAGGGCAAGGAAGAAGCUGGACAGGGCGACGGCGCGAUGAGUCAUCUGCUCGAGGAUUUGGAUCAGAACAUUGAUUCAAUCAAGGGUCUCUCGGGUCUCUUUUCGGGCGACGAGGAGGCAUUCGCGUUCGCACGUGCGCUCUCUCGUUUGAGCCACAUGGGCAGUCGCGAAUGGGUUGAGCGAGGCAUGGGUCUGGAGGAUCAGGGUGGUAAGAAGGAGCGCGACGACUGGGCAAAGGUACGGAGUCGGCAAAUGGAAGACAGCAUGUGA